AUGACAGCUCCCAAACCCGAAGAAUUAAACACAGCAGUGGAUUCUUCAAAGUACACUCGGGCGUCAAUGACGAGCACAACCACAGCAGCAGGAGCUAUGGCAGGAUCAGGAACAACAACAACUACGACACCAACACAGCAGCCGGCUCCACCCACCACCGUCAACCUGUCGCCCGCAGUGUCUGCGUUCCAGUUCCGGCCUCAUAACAGCAACAACAGCAACCACCAUCUGUCACCCCAUCAUCAUCGACCAUUAGAUAGGUCCUUGUCAUCCGAAGGUGUAGCUGGCUCUAUUGGCAUUAGUGGAAGCUAUCAUUCCAGCAACAACAAUAACAACAAAAGUCGACUCUCGACCUCACCCUCCUCGUCACUGGACUUGAAACGUUCGCACUCGAACCAUACGACGACACCAACAAACAUAACGCGCUCUCCAAGUCCCGUGUCGCCCCGAGCCCAGAAGACUGUGAUUAAGGAUGGAUAUGUCUAUAAAGAUGAAGUGGUUAUCCUUGAUAAAGAGCAAAAGGAAGAACUGCUUAAAGUUGGUGAGAUUGGAUUGCAAAGUGAAUGGACUUUUUGGUAUGACAGAUAUGUACCGAAUUUGCCUCCAACUGAAUACGAGGCGAAUUUGCAAGUGAUUUCUACCGUUGGCACGGUGCAGAAAUUCUGGUCGAUCUACAAUAAUAUCGACGGACCAGAUCAACUCGGCUUUCGGAGCAAUUUGCAUUUUAUGCGAAAGGGCAUUAAACCUAUAUGGGAGGAUCCUCAAAACGAGCAUGGAGGAUCGUAUAAUUUUAAGAUACCCAAAGCUCAUUCCCCACUAGCCUGGCGCGACUUGCUCGUACUGUUGAUUGGAGAGAAAAUAGAAGGAUGGGUUGGUGAUACCGUAUGUGGCGUCUCAGUAUCGACGCGACAGCAAUUUGAUAAUUACCAAGUGUGGACUGCCCAUACCCACCAUAGCGAAAACGUGGCCGAUGGAAAAGUGCGUUCCAAAUUGACUGAGCUACUACGACCUGCAGAAAUCCAAUCGUUUUAUUAUAAAGUUCACAAAAACCAUGCUGCGUUCCAAAAGCCCUCACAGCACCAUAACCAGCAUCAACACCAGCACCAGCACCAUCAUAACUAUCAACACCAUCACAAUCAACAACAGCAUCAACAGCAACAACAACAACAGCAGCAGCAGCAGCAACAGUCUAAAUGGCCGGAUGAUCCAUCGAGCUUGCUGAAGACACCACUAGAAAUGCGACAACGGAUUACAGAAGAAAGUAUUGAAAAGGUCGUUGCGGAUAUUGAGCGAUUAAGCAUGAAGCACAAGGAGCGAACAAGAAGUCAGCACCAACAUCAACAACAAAAUAAUUGA